AUGUCUCCAACUGCUCACUCGUCUUCAGACAAGAAGCAAUCCGGUAUUGCUAGAGUUUUGGGAUCAGCCACUGCUGGUAUUGCUGAAAUUGGUGUGUUCCACCCAGUUGACACCAUUUCCAAAAGAUUGAUGUCAAAUCAUGGUAGAGUCACUUCAGCCCACCAAUUAAAUACAAUUAUCUUUAGAGAUGCUGCAUCUCAACCUUUGUUCAAGAGAAUUUUUACCUUGUUUCCAGGUUUAGGAUAUGCUGCUUGUUACAAGAUUUUGCAAAGAGUGUAUAAAUACGGUGGUCAACCAUUUGCCAAUGAAUUUUUAACUAAAAAUUUCAAAGACAAUUUUGACUCCGCUUUUGGCCCCAAGACUGGUAAAGCGUUGAUGAGUGCGACUGCUGGUUCAUUGAUUGGUAUUGGUGAGGUUGUAUUGUUGCCAUUGGAUGUGUUGAAGAUCAAACGUCAAACAAAUCCCGAAUCAUUCAAAGGCAGAGGUUUUCUCAAGAUCUUGCAGGAUGAAGGAUUGGGGUUGUACAGAGGUUGGGGAUGGACCAUGGCUAGAAACGCUCCAGGUUCGUUUGCAUUGUUUGGAGGUAAUUCAUUUGCCAAAGAAUACAUUUUCGGUUUGAAAGAUUACAGUCAAGCAACAUGGACUCAAAAUUUCAUCACUUCUAUUUUCGGUGCCAGUGCAUCAUUGAUUGUUAGUGCUCCAUUGGAUGUUAUAAAGACAAGAAUUCAGAAUAGAAACUUUGAUAACCCAGAAAAGGGUUUCACUAUUUUGAAGAAUAUGUUCAAGAAUGAAGGUAUAACUGCAUUUUUCAAAGGUUUGACUCCUAAAUUGUUAACUACAGGCCCAAAAUUGGUAUUUUCAUUUGCCAUGGCACAAUCAUUGAUCCCAGCAUUUGAUAAAUUGUUGACUAAGUAG